AUGUGGAUGGGCAAAAUUGGCCAAAAAUCUGCCGCCUUUAUAAACCACAAGCCCUUCCAUCCUGGCAGUUGGCAGAACCAGGAGAAGAUAUGGCUCGCGGAGCAAAAACACAAAGAGGAACUGCGCAAGCAGGCCGAGCUUGCCGAGCGACGAGCAGAGGAAGUAAAGAUUCAGGAGCUCCGACGGGCUCUGUACAAUCAGGGGACUUCAGCCUCAACACCCCAGGUGUCGCCAAAGGUCCAGGAAGAUGAGGCAGCAAGGAAGGCUGCCGCCAUCGAGGCAAGGAAGCGCGAAGCCGCACGCGCUGCGGCAAUUCGUGCAGCAGAACUCAGAAAGGGGCUGGUGAAGAGCGUUCUGUACGAAGAGGACGUUUAUUUAGGAAGUCACUCACACGUUUGGGGUUCCCUCUUCGACAAGGAGACAAACAGGUGGGGUUUCAAGUGUUGUGGUGUCUGUGACAAGACGGUACUUAAAUGCCCGUCUACAGCUGCGGGAUCAGCAGAGACGACUCACGCGCGGAAACACCGGAAAAGGUCGCGGAAGGAGGAGGCUGCGAGCCCGAAUCCCUCGAAAGACGAACGAGUGGGGAAGGACAGCGGAGAUGUUGGCGCCGUCCAGGAGGGAAAGACAGAGGCAGAACUCGCAGCCAGAGACGAUGCGAAGGACGUGUCGAGAGUUGAACCAGUUUCUGCCCAGUCGUGUUCGAAAACAGAGGAGAGGGCAGUCGAAGACUCAAAGAGACAGCAAACCGAGGAUACCAAAAAGAGGAAAGUCGUGGCAAAUAAAAAUCGAUCGAGGGAAGGCGGCCUUGCAGGCGUCCUGCAAUUGUUGAAGGAGGAGAAUGCCUUCGGCGAUUAUCCGUGA